GUGUCAGGGGAGGACACAAUUUGCUAAAAGCCACACAGUUAGAAUUUAACUUCUGUGCUGUGAGCCCAAACUCUUCCAAUCUCAGCGUGGAACCCAUCUCUCUCAUCUGGCAGACUUGACAAGGGCUCUCAGAGCGGGCAGGGUGUCAAGGGGAAAUGGCUGGUUUCCUCUCAGACCUGGUUCAAUACCAGAGGCUGCUGCUCAUGAUUGUGGUGCUGGGAAUUGGUGGAACCCACCUCUCUGGUUUCCAAAUGUCUGUCAUCAAUUACACUUCUCCGUACAUUCAGAAGUUUAUCAAUGACACUUGGCUGGAGCGUUAUGGUUCUGUGCUGCCUCAGGAGACCCUGACGCUGCUGUGGUCCCUCAUCGUGUCUGUGUACUGCAUGGGUGGCAUGAUAGGGUGUCUGUGCAGCGGCUUCCUGACUGCAAAAUUUGGAAAGAAGAGAAGUCUGCUGCUCAACGACGUGGUGCUAAUAACAGCAGCACUGCUCACUGCCUUCAGCAGGAGAGCCAAGGCCUUUGAGAUGAUCCUGGCUGGGCGCCUCCUCGAGGGCAUCGCUGCUGGAAUACAUAUGAACGCCCAUGUUCAGUAUGCUGGAGAGAUCUCACCUAAGAAGCUGCGUGGAUUUAUAAACGUGACCUCCACAGUGUUUCUGGCACUAGGAAAAACUGUAGCACGAAUUCUUGGAUUAAGAGAACUUUUAGGGACUGAAGACAUGUGGAACGUGCUAUUGUCCUUCUCUGGGCUGGUGGCAUUGAUUCAACUGAUCUUUUUGCCAUUCUUUCCUGAGUCCCCACCCUAUCUCUUGCUGCAAAAAGAAGACAAAGCCGGUUGCUUGAAAGCCAUGAAGCAACUCUGGGGAGAAGGGAAUUACCACACAGAAUUUGAUGACCUGAUGAAGGAAAAGGCUAUAACAAAAGGCACCAAAAUCAUGAAUGUCCUAGAGGUGCUGAGAGAACGAUCUGUGCACCCACAGCUGUGUACCAUGCUCCUCCUUUUGCUGAGCCUGCAGCUCUGUGGCCUGAGUGCAAUCACCUUUUACACCUCAGAAAUUUUUGAAACAGCCAACCUGCAGGAAAGCAUAAUCCCAUAUGUAUCUCUAGGAGUUUCAAUCUCUGAACUAAUCUCUAUCAUAUUCUGUAGCUCCAUAAUCGAUCGCUUUGGACGCCGAAUGCUCCUGUGUGGUGGAUAUUUGCUGAUGGCACUGAUCCUGGUGCUGCUUGAAACGAGCCUUCUGCUGAGUGAUCAGUUUCUCUGGCUGAGGUACUGCAGUGUUAUUCUCAUCUUUCUGUUCAUCAUUGCUUAUGGACUAGGACCAGCUGGAGCUGUUGUGGCUGUCAUGAAUGAAAUCUUCACCCUGUCAACAAGGGCCUCUGCUUUUGUAAUUGGUGGAAUCGUCAUUUGGCUGGGCCUCACCUUCACUGGAAUGGUUUUCCCCUUUGCUGUAAUGCUUCUUGGUCCUUUUUGCUUCCUCAUCUUUGUUGCUGUCCUGGUCAUUUCAGUGGUUCUUAUCUACCUGUUCCUCCCAGAAACAAAAGGGAAGUCAACCUCUGAAAUCACAGAAAAAUUCAAAAGCUGCCAGUUUAAGAGGAAACGUGAUCCGGCUGUGGAGAUGUAUGCUGCUGAAGAAAAGACAUUUUGCACCAAGCUCUGAUAAGCCACCAUAAGAGCUGCUCUCAGCAGAAGCAAGCUGGAGCACUGCAGAGGGACUGUUCAUCCCUGUCACACAGCACCAAGGCUGGAUUAAAAACAGCUGCCUUGCAUCCCUCUGUCCCUUCUUGUGGAGUGGCUGGCUCUGACACAGCUCCAGUGUCUCCUGCAAGAAGCCAGGUUGCUCUGCUGGGCUCCUCCUCUGUUUCAUGGCCUUUCCAUCUCCAGCAUUCCUCCCCCCAAACCACACCAUCCAAAGUGCCAGACCUCAGGAGCCCUGUUCUCCCAAGUGCUCACUGUUGCUGCAUCUCUUGCAGUUACUGAUAAACCAGAGAAUUGAUGAUUAACCUGCCAAUAUUAAUGUUUGUGAGUUGUUUUAAUCCCAUCCCAAGGCCUUUCUCUCAUACAUCUGCAAGAGACAUCUCAAAUUAUUUUGACUACUCACCCUACCUAUCUUGCCUUAAAGAAAGAAGAACAUUUUAACUAUUUCAUUUCUAUUGCUCUUUCACACCUAAAGACUGGAGUGCAUCAUGUCACAGUAACCAAACAAACUGGAUUUCAUGAAGUUAAACUUUGCUUUCUUUGUCAUCAUGUUGUCAUCAAGUUCAAAAUGCUGUAAAAGGAGGAGCAGAAAAUAAAAUAAAAUUUUCUUUCUCU